AUGGCGACUUCCCUAGGAUCCAACACCUAUAAUAGGCAGAACUGGGAGGACGCGGAUUUUCCUAUUCUUUGUCAGACAUGCUUAGGAGAAAAUCCUUAUAUCCGUAUGACCAAGGAGAAGUAUGGAAAAGAAUGCAAGAUCUGUGCUCGGCCCUUUACGGUGUUCAGAUGGUGCCCGGGCACACGCAUGCGUUUCAAGAAGACAGAAGUUUGUCAGACCUGCAGUAAAAUGAAAAAUGUGUGUCAAACAUGUUUGCUGGAUCUGGAGUAUGGUUUGCCGAUCCAGGUCCGAGACACAGGACUUACUGUGAAGGAUGAGAUUCCAAGGUCAGAUGUGAAUAAAGAGUACUACACACAGAACAUGGAGAGAGAGAUUGCUAAUACUGAUGGAACUCGGCCAGUAGGUCAGCUUGGUAAGGCUACUAGUUCUAGUGAUAUGCUGCUCAAACUGGCCAGAACCACCCCGUAUUACAAAAGGAAUCGGCCACACAUCUGCUCCUUCUGGGUGAAAGGAGAGUGCAAGAGAGGGGAGGAGUGUCCUUACCGGCAUGAGAAACCCACAGAUCCGGAUGACCCUCUGGCUGACCAGAACAUCAAGGAUCGUUUCUAUGGCAUCAAUGAUCCAGUAGCUGACAAGCUGUUGAAGCGGGCCUCAACUAUGCCCCGUCUGGAUCCUCCAGAGGACAAGUCCAUCACCACCCUCUACAUCGGAGGUUUGGGAGACACUGUCACAGACGGAGAUCUCAAAAGUCACUUCUACCAGUUUGGUGAAAUUCGAACCAUUACCAUCGUCCAAAGGCAGCAGUGUGCAUUCAUCCAGUUUGCCACACGGCAGGCGGCUGAAAUGGCUGCGGAGAAGUCUUUCAACAAACUCAUCAUCAAUGGACGCAGGCUCACUGUCAAGUGGGGAAGGUCUCAGGCAGCCAGAGGGAAGGACGGUGUCAAGGAUGGUGUCAGUGAGAUGGGUACCAGACUGGAUCCUGUACCAGGUCUGCCUGGAGCUUUGCCCCCGCCACCAUCUCUUGAUGAAGAAGCUCCUGCAAACUACUUCAACUUAGACCCAAGCUCCUCUCCUGCUGUCAUGAAUAUAACUCUUCCACCACCUCCAGGCAUCAAUCCUCCUCCUCCCGGCUUUGGCCCUCCAAUGUUCCACCCCAUGACUCACAUGGCACCUCCUAUGCCCCCACCUAUGACGAUGAGACCCCCAGGUACAAUCCACUACCCUUCCCAGGAUCCUCAGCGUAUGGGCGCCCAUGCUGCACACGGCUCGCGUCACGGUGAAUAG